UCUGCCCCUGCUGCCGCCGCCGCCGCCGCUGCCGCCGGGGGGAGAAGAUGGCGGAGGGAGGCGCGGCGGAUCUGGAGACCCAGCGCUCGGACGUCGCGGCGCUGCUCAAAACCGCCCUGCGCAAGGGCGACACCUGGUAUUUAGUGGAUAGUCGCUGGUUCAAACAGUGGAAAAAAUAUGUUGGGUUUGACAGCUGGGACAAAUACCAGAUGGGAGAUCAGAAUGUGUACCCUGGUCCCAUUGAUAAUUCUGGACUUCUCAAAGAUGGUGACUCUCAGUCUCUCAAGGAGCAUCUCAUUGAUGAGCUGGACUACAUCCUUUUGCCAACUGAAGGCUGGAAUAAACUAGUUAGCUGGUACACACUGAUGGAAGGUCAGGAGCCAAUAGCACGCAAGGUGGUUGAACAGGGUAUGUUUGUAAAGCACUGCAAAGUAGAAGUAUAUCUAACAGAAUUAAAGCUGUGUGAAAAUGGAAACAUGAACAAUGUUGUGACACGAAGAUUUAGUAAAGCUGAUACGAUAGAUACAAUUGAAAAAGAGAUAAGAAAAAUCUUCAAUAUUCCAAAUGAAAAAGAGACCAGAUUGUGGAACAAAUACAUGAGUAAUACAUUUGAACCACUGAAUAAACCAGACAGUACCAUACAGGAUGCUGGUUUAUACCAGGGACAGGUACUAGUGAUAGAACAAAAAAAUGAAGAUGGAACAUGGCCACGAGGUCCUUCGACUCCUAAGUCCCCAGGUGCAUCCAAUUUUUCAACUUUACCAAAGAUCUCUCCAUCUCUAUCAAAUAAUUAUAACAACAUCAACAACAGAAAUGUGAAAAAUUCAAACUAUUGCCUCCCAUCAUACACUGCAUAUAAGAACUAUGAUUAUUCAGAGCCAGGAAGACACAAUGAGCAGCCUGGCCUCUGUGGCCUAAGUAACUUGGGAAAUACGUGUUUCAUGAACUCAGCAAUUCAGUGUCUGAGCAACACCCCUCCACUAACAGAAUACUUCCUAAAUGACAAAUAUCAGGACGAGCUAAAUUUUGACAAUCCUUUAGGAAUGCGAGGUGAAAUCGCAAAAGCUUAUGCAGAGCUCAUCAAGCAAAUGUGGUCAGGAAAAUACAGCUACGUCACACCAAGAGCAUUUAAGACACAAGUGGGACGAUUUGCACCUCAGUUUUCUGGAUAUCAGCAACAAGACUGUCAAGAACUUCUAGCUUUUCUCUUAGAUGGUUUACAUGAGGAUUUGAAUCGGAUUAGGAAAAAGCCUUAUAUUCAAUUAAAGGAUGCAGAUGGAAGGCCGGACAAGGUGGUUGCUGAAGAAGCCUGGGAGAACCAUUUAAAAAGAAAUGAUUCCAUCAUUGUAGAUAUAUUUCAUGGUCUUUUUAAAUCCACCCUUGUUUGUCCUGAAUGCGCUAAGAUUUCUGUAACCUUUGAUCCCUUUUGUUACUUGACACUUCCAUUACCCAUGAAAAAAGAUCGCACUUUGGAAGUUUAUUUAGUUAGAAUGGAUCCACUUACUAAACCUAUGCAGUACAAAGUAGUUGUUCCGAAAAUUGGAAAUAUACUGGACCUUUGCACAGCACUGUCAACAUUGUCUGGUGUUGCUGCAGAUAAGAUGAUAGUUACUGAUAUAUACAAUCAUAGGUUCCACAGAAUAUUUGCUAUGGAUGAAAAUUUGAGUAGUAUUAUGGAACGCGAUGACAUCUAUGUAUUUGAAAUCGCUAUCAACAGAACAGAGGAUACAGAGCAAGUCAUAAUUCCUGUUUGUUUAAGGGAAAAGUAUAGACACACCAGUUACAGCCACCAUAGUGGUUCUUCGCUGUUUGGUCAACCUUUUCUUAUAACAGUGCCUAGAAACAAUACUGAAGAUAAACUGUAUAACCUUCUGCUGUUGAGAAUGUGCCGAUAUGUGAAAACAUGUACUGAAAGUGAAGACACUGAAGGAUCCCUACACUGCUGUAAGGACCAUGGUAUCAAUGGUAAUGGCCCAAAUGGAAUACAUGAAGAAGGAUCCCCAAGUGAAAUGGAGACAGAUGAACAAGAUGACGAAUCCAGCCAAGAUCAGGAACUUCCUUCAGAGAAUGAAAACAGCCAAUCAGAAGACUCAGUUGGAGGAGACAAUGAUUCUGAAAAUGGAUUGUGUACUGAGGAAACUUGCAAAGGUCAACUACUCAUGGGACACAAAAAACGAUUGUUUACAUUCCAGUUCAACAAUUUAGGCAGUACUGACAUCAACUAUAUCAAAGAUGACACCAGACAUAUUAGAUUUGAUGAUAGGCAACCUAGGCUUGAUGAAAGAUCUUUUCUUGCUUUGGAUUGGGAUCCUGAAAUGAAAAAAAGAUACUUUGAUGAUAAUGCAGCAGAGGAUUUUGAAAAACAUGAAAGUGUGGAAUAUAAACCUCCAAAAAAGCCCUUUGUGAAAUUAAAAGAUUGCAUUGAACUAUUUACAACAAAGGAGAAACUAGGUGCUGAAGAUCCAUGGUAUUGUCCAAACUGUAAAGAACAUCAGCAAGCAACCAAAAAGUUAGAUUUGUGGUCACUGCCCCCAGUACUGGUAGUACAUCUAAAGCGCUUUUCUUACAGUAGAUAUAUGAGGGACAAGCUGGAUACACUGGUUGAUUUUCCAAUAAAUGACUUGGAUAUGUCAGAGUUCCUUAUUAAUCCAAAUGCAGGGCCUUGCCGCUAUAAUUUGAUUGCUGUGUCCAACCACUAUGGAGGAAUGGGAGGAGGGCAUUAUACUGCUUUUGCAAAAAAUAAAGAUGAUGGAAAAUGGUACUACUUUGAUGACAGUAGUGUAUCAACUGCAUCUGAGGACCAAAUAGUGUCCAAAGCAGCAUAUGUGCUCUUCUACCAGAGACAGGACACUAUCAGUGGAACUGGGUUUUUCCCUCUUGACCGGGAAACUAAACAAGGUGCUUCAGCUGCCACAGGCGUCCCAUUAGAGAGUGAUGAAGACAGCAAUGAGAAUGAGAAUGAUAUAGAAAAUGAAAAUUGUAUGCACACUAACUAAUAGAGGACCUAGAAGCCAUAAAAAGGAAAGACUUUCUCAUUGGAGAUAUCUAUUGAAAGAAUGAAAUUGCCCAGCAAAUUAAAAAUAAA